AUCCCAUCUAGUUCUUAGAAGCAUACCGAUCAGAUCCCUCUUUAUGGAUCGUUCUAGAAUCAUCUAAGUCCCAGGCAAAGCAACUCGAUCGCUGCUACACUAGUCUUCGCCGCUUUCUGAUCCAGUUGCGUGUUGCCAGCUGGUCCUGUAACUCUGGGUAGCAUCUCGUCUUAGCAGAACAGGAAACAAUCUUUCUUGCUCCUUUUCUCCGGAAUCUGAGUCAGCCAACAUGGGUGAUGUACCGUUGGCAUCCUUGUCUCUGACUCACGUCCACUACAACCCUCAUGAUCCACUGUCUUUCCUUUCUGCCUGGCUUGCGCUAGUGCCACAGGGACUAUGCGUGGCCUAUGUGACCCUCAUCUGGGCCUCGAGGGAGGCGGAGGUGAUCUUGAUGUUCGCGGGUCAGAUGGGCUGCGAGGCUUUGAACUUCGUGCUGAAGCGCAUUAUCAAGGAGGAAAGGCCCAAGCAAAUACUAGGUAAGGGGUAUGGCAUGCCAUCUUCCCAUGCGCAAUUUAUGGUGUAUCUCGCUAUCUAUGCGGGACUGUUCCUCGUCUUCCGGCACACCCCUGUUAUUGUACGAUCCGGAGCGGCACUUCACUUCUUGGUACGAGUCCUGCUUGCCCUGGUUUUGUGCUUGGGGGCUGGAGCAGUGGCCGGUAGCCGCAUUUAUUUGAACUAUCAUACCCCCAGGCAGGUUCUGGCCGGGUGUGGUGCUGGGGCAGUAUGCGCGUUUGCAUGGUUCUUUGUGACCAGGCUUCUCCGGGUGCAUGGAUGGAUUGAUUGGGUUUUGGACCAGGAUAUAGUUCGAUGGUUUCGAGUGCGCGACUUGCUGGUAAGCGAAGAUCUCGUCGAGGCCGGAUGGCAGCAGUGGGAAGCAAAACGGAAGUUGAGUCGACGAGGCUCCAGUGAUCAUCCGUCAACCAAAUCCGAAUAGACAAGAAGUCUCGCAUAUGAUCCGACUUCUGUGAUACCCUUAGACUUUAUUUAUAUGGAAUGUGCAUUUAUUUUACUUGACGUUAGCAAUGGGUGUAAUGAAGAUCGG